GCAUGAUCGCAAAAUUCCAGAUUUGGUCCAAGUCCACGCAAUACGUCACUUGCUUACCCGUAUUAUCAUAUUGUCAUUAAAUUAUUAUUAGUUAUCACGGGCGUCCGUGGUUAUAUUUACUAUACACUACUCUACGGAUCUGACAGUCAAAAAGAUAAAAUCAUACCUUGUUUUUAUAUCAUGUUACGUCGCUUCCCAUUGGUCAUUCCCGCUUAUCGUUGUCCGUUGACGGUGCGUCGGUUCACGUCUUAUAUGUAUAUGAUCUAAGGUUCACGUCCUCUCAUGUGUAGUUCUAGCUUUUAAUCUCUUAUCUCUUUAAUCUAUAGCUUUCUGCCGAGACCACAUUGUUACGACCGACGUCCGACGCCAAGCUUGAUACCAACCACGGCUGUAGCUUCGUGUCAUGUAAUUGAGGUAAUUUAACUAAAAUAGUUUAAUACAUCAUUUAUUCCUCCUAUAUUGCGUUUUUGUGUUCGCGUUCCUCGCUGUAGACAACUGAAUGUUUUGGGUGCCAUUUUCAUAUAUAGUUUGAUAAUAUUAUAACGUCAGAUCGUCUGCUGCAAUAGCGGUAAUUAGAUAAAAUGUCAAACAACUUAAAUCAAAACGUUCCUGGAUACAGCGGUAACGACUCGCCUGAAACUAGUAAUAAUGACAACCCAGAGAAGGUAGAAAUUAUUCCUAAGCCAGAAGUUCCCUUUGUAAGCAGAUAUGGCAUGAAACAUGCCAAAAAUAGCCUUCAGGAUGUAGAAUUUUACCGUGCGACGUUGUUUAACUUGAAAACUGAACCCGUUGAGGAUAGAGAAAGACGUUUACAGGAGACCAAUAGUUCAUUCUUACGACGGUGUAGGGACCCAAAUGAAAUUUGUGCAUAUUAUAAUGAACCGGUAGAAGACAUACAACCAGAAGAGAUUAAUAUUGAAAUAAAAUCUGAACCAAUCGAUGAAAUUGAAGAAGACACAUCAUCGUUGUAUAUGGAAACGGAACCAUUCGAUCUACCUGAGGUCUACUCAGAAUCAAGAGAAAACUCCUCUCAAAUUAAUGCAUUUAACCCUAGGGAAAAUGAGUUGGAGAACAAUAGGAUACAACAGAGUAGAGAACCAGAGGAGGAAAUAGACCAACAAGAUAAUAUACCGAUAACAGUACCUCUAGUUCUUACAUUUCCUCUGGAAUCAGAGGAAAUAGAUGAAACAAACAUGCUACUAGUAGUACCAGAGACAAUAAUCUCAUCAAAUACUACGACAGAAACUCCCUCUUCAAUCAACCCAACAACUAUCCCUAGAGCAAGCGACUUGGAUAAUGCAAACACAAAUAUAAUAGAAAACCCGGCAAGUGUACAAAGAAAAACACGAAAGAAAAAAGAUGUUAUCCUUACACCAACUCGUGUUUCCACAAGGAUAAAGAAACCUAGAAUAAUGUAUAACAUUUAAUCAUAAAUAUUUUGCUUUUCUCAAUAUAAAUGUACAAUUUAUAUGAGUUUUCUAUUAAAUAUUACUGUGAUAUUUAUUUAGUUGACUUUAAUUUUAAGAAUGUUUUAAUACAUCAUUAUUUUAUUUCAUUUGAUUUUA